CGCCGUGCGUACGGCGGUCGUGGUAGAGGGGCGUCACGUUCCGCUCGCGUUCUACACUGUUAUUCGCGGUUCGCCAUCGAAAGCGCACGUGUCGCCGGCACCGAGCGCUGCAUUUAUUUACACAGUGUGCACCUGUGACCACGCAAAUAUUUGACGUGAUGUGAAAGACCAUUUUUGGUUCAACUUACUGGUGUUUUUGAAACACGACGUUUAAAUUUGUGUUCGUUCAGACGUGCUUAGUUAGUGCCAAGUUCUGUACUGUGCGUUUGGUGUUAUCGACGUUUCUUAGAGUUUUACAAACUCGUUGCAUGUUUUGAAGUUUCCGAAUACGAAAUUCGGCGACAGCCAAGGCGUCAGCACCGAAAGUUGGAUGAACGCCAGCAUCUCCGGUGCUAAGCCCCAACCGUUAACGCAAGCGCCACUGGCGCUGCCACCUCCGACGGCUGCGCCUGCGCCGCCAGCCGCGCACGCGUCGGCUCCCCGCACCAUCGUUAUCCAGCGCCCCGACGCGCGGCACGGCUUCGGCUUUACGCUCAGACAUCUUGUAGUGUAUCCGCCGGACUCGUUACAGGAUCUAUACGAAGAUGCGCGCCACCUGGCGGUGGGCGCGGUGGGUGCGCCAAUGGACACGAUCUUCGUAAGGUCUGUGAGGCCGGGCGGGCCGGCGGCAGCUGCCGGAUUGCGCGCCGGCGACCGAGUGCUAGCCGUCAACGGCGAGCCGGUCGCUUGCGGCCGGUCCCGGGCGCCGUACGCGAGGGUCGUGCAACUGGCGCAACGGGAACCCAAAAUAUUAAGGCUGACUGUCGUGCCUAGGGACCACGAUUUAUUGCAAAGGUAUUUCAGCGAAGCAGCUUACAACCCAGAAACAAACCAGCGUCCGCUAGACAUGCCGGCGCCAGUCACAGAACACGAAUCGCGGCUGUUCGACGCCUACCGGCGGCCUAGGGCUGCGCUGCCGGCCCCUCAGGCGCCAGCUCGACAUCGCGAGGACCCGGAGUACGCCAGUGUGGCGUCCCUGGCACCCUCGAGGUACGACGCCACGCGUCUACCUGGCCCUCCACAUUAUCUAAUGCACGAUGGCAGACGGGAGUCGGAUACUUCGCUGCCAUCAUCGGCGACCGAAAGCAAAGACAGCCUGGGAUCCUUCGACUCGAACUCUACCCUAACGGGGCGAGAGCUGGACGACUCGAUAAUCCUAUCGCGAAUACGAAAAAGUCUUGAACAGAAGGAGGCGUUCCUUCGACGGCCAAGUCAGCCCACCGGGUGGGUCACACCCGACGCCCCACCUCCUAUCAAACAGAAAGAGUUCUACGCCAGGCCUCAGAAGCUUCAGAAGCCGGCGUGGCCUCCUCCCGCGGCGUCUCCUCCCCUCGCUGCGUCACCACCCCCUCAAGCUCCAGCACAGAACCAAGAAAGAAAAGAAGAAUGUUCUGCGAGUGUCGAUAGUGGCACUUACAGUGGCUACGGCGAAGUGAAUGGAGCUCAGAACGAUAAGAACAAGCAGAAACAGGACAAGAGUCAGUUCGUGUCGACGCUAUCGAAGAUACAGGAGACGGCGCCCAGCAUUCAGAGCACGAAUGUGGGAACUGUCAGCAAUGGAGCCACGGACAAUAAAGAUGAUGCGAACCAGGAUAAUAAAUACCCAGUCCCGGAGCUGCAGCUAGUGACGGCGCGGACGCGGCAGCUGGAGGAGGCGCGCGGCGGCUGGUCGCGCCGCGAGGUGGCGCGCAGCGAGCUCGCCCGGCUCACCACCACGCGUCUCGAGCCCAGCGUCGCGCUGCGCAGGAAGGAGUUCGAGACCCGCGCCGCCAGGAGAGAAGCGCGGUCUCUGGAUGUACAGCCUCAAGAAUUAGAACACGAGUCACCAUUAGGCGGCAGCUUAUCAGGCAAUCAGCUGAUGAUCACCGGCAGCAAACACUUACAUUGCCCUCCGCCAGACGGAUAUGUGCCCGCAGAAACAGAAAAGGUUCAAAUGCGAACAAGGUCGAAUAGUACCGGAAGUGAUGGAUUACCCAUUAGAAGACAUCAUGCCACAGAUGGCAGUCACGCGAAGCGACGAAUGGGCCUGAACAAGGAACAGAUGGAGGCGAUGAACCGCGUGUCGCUGGGCGCCGUCAACGGCGACGGCCGCGCGCGCCCCACGCAGCUCAGCCUGGCGCCGCCCGCGCCCGACUCCUCGGCCUCGGCCGCCACCUCGCCGUCGCCGACGCCUAGCACGCCCGCCGACUCAGGUUUUGCCGAUGAUUUGGUGACUAGAAGACAAAAGAAAGAUGCUCAACUUGGUGAAGAAGAACGUGCCAUGCGAAGGGUUUCCUACUUGAAAGCUACAUGGGGUGACCGAUUGCACCUUGAUAGUGACGUCGAACCAGAGAACGACCCACAAGGCCUUAGAGGCACUACGAAAAAGGGAGAAGAAGAAAUUGCAGAGAAUGCAGUAGAGGCCACAGAGGGAGAUGUACAGGGCAAUGUGCAGAUCAAAAUGGUGGUCAGUAAUGGAAAGCGCGCAAGUGACAGAUCCUGGAAGCAGGUGUGGGCAGUGCUGCACGGGACUAAGCUGUAUCUGUACCGACACCAUCCUAGUCAGAGCCCCGGCGCAGUAAGCGGCGGCGGCACGGAGGCGCAGCCAGGAUCUAGGGACGCCUUGGACGUGCGCUACUCACUGGCAGCCCUCGCCGACGACUACACUAAGCGAAAACACGUGGUACGGGUCACCACGGCCGCCGGCGCAGAGCUUUUACUUCAGGCUGAAGGUGCAGCAGACGCACAGCGCUGGCUGGCAGCUCUCCGGCGUCACUCGGCGGAGCCCCCGCCAGCCGAACCUGCGCCCGCGCAGCCCGCACCUGCGCCCGCGCCGCUACCCGCCCCCGACUGUCCUUCCCCACAUCCGCCACAACGCAGCAAGAAAAUCGGCAGAAAUAGGUCUCCCACUGGCCCACCGACGCCGACUUUACCAUCGUCUCCGAAGAACAAGACGUGGAAGGGUCGCAUGGCGAAGCAGUUGCGACGCAUGCACGGCGGGGCGGCGGCGGCGGCGGCCCCGGCCGCGGGCUGGCUGGGCGCGCCCCUCGAGCGCUGCCCCCACGACCCCGAGCAUCCGCUCGUACCGCGCGCCGUCACCCUGCCGGCACACGCUGUCGAGGCGUACGGUCUUCGCACAGUAGGAGUAUACCGAGUGCCGGGUAACGCGGCGGGUGUGGCAGCCCUGGCGGCGGCGCUAGACCGCGGCGAGCCCCCGCCCGCGGCCGACGCGCGCUGGGCCGACGUACACGUCGCCUCCAGCCUGCUCAAAGCGUAUCUACGGAGGCUGCCCGACCCACUGCUAACUGCUGAUCUUUAUCCCGCCUUUAUUGCUGCCGACCGGUCGCCAGAGAGAGCGCGGGAGCUCCGUCGUCUAGUCCACGCACUGCCCGACGCACACUACGAAACACUCAAGUACCUGAUCCAACAUUUGCGCAAAGUUGUUGCGCAUUCCGCCUACAACAAAAUGGAGGCGAGAAACUUGGCCAUCGUGUUUGGGCCAACGUUGGUCCGCGCGGCCAGCGACGACAUGCUGGCCAUGGUCAACGAUAUGUCCAGCCAAUGUCGCAUCAUCGAGUCCUUCCUCACACACUACGAUUGGUAUUUCGAGGAAGAAGAGGGUGAACCUCCAGUAGACCCCCCCACUAGCGCGGAAGAAUUAUCCCCCGCGCCUGCACCCUCUCGAGACCUGUUAAUACACAACGUCAAAAAGAUUGAAGCUUUCAACAUUUCAGGCAAGGACGUGUCGACACGAGACAUAGUGUCCUCCAUCAUAUCGGCGGCCAACCGCAAGAUCCAGCGCAAGCCGCGCUCCAAGCCGGACAAGAAGCUGGACGACAAGCGGUCGGACGUGUCGCCGGGCGCCUCGCCGCCCAGCUCGCCGCUUACCUCGCCGCCGCACCACCUCACCACCUCGCUGGCGGACUACGACGGCCUCAACCACAAGUACAGCAGGACGCAGGAUGGCAAUAAGAUUGAACUGGAGUCAAUGCAAGCGCUGGGCCGCGGUCGUCAAGAACUCUCGCGGCAUACUCACGCGCUCACCAACUUCUCAAUAGAUGGAACCGGAGACUUGGUGUCGUCUCUGACCAGCACGUUCGACCAGAAGUUGCGGACGCUGAACAACUCGUCCCCGCUCGACGACGGAAGUAUUCCCUACGCCGACGAGUGCCAGGACGAGACCGAGGAGGGCAAGUCCACCGCCAGCUCCCCGUCAGAGGGCGCCAGCGAGCGAGAGGAGCGUCUGUCGCCAGCCGCGCGGGCGCACGAACUGAAGGCUGCCUGGCUCGCGCGCGACCAUCGUCACUCCUCCUCCUCCAGCGCCGACGAGCCCGAGCGCGCCUGGCCGCGCCGCCAUGCGCGUGAUGAUCCCGACGACUCGGAGAAGGAAAACUGCCCACGAAGGGACGAGCCUGAUUCCGCCGAGCCAGCCACUGAACCUGCACCCCGCGAUAAUAAACGCAAUAGCGCUGCGCUAGAAACCGUGGCCACCUCGCGGCCCGCUGAAGAAGAGGGCGCCAAGCUAAAGCGCUCGGCGUCACUAUCCCGCGAGGCAGGCGCGCGAGUGUUGCGCUCGGAGAGCCUGAACUGCCGCGAGGCGGGCGCGCGGGCCGGCGAGCGCGGCGAGCGGCGCGACCUGCCCGGCGUGCGGCGGCGGGACGCGGGCGCGUGGCGCUCCACCAAGCUGAAGCGCAAGAACGGCAUGCCCGAGCGCGGCAUCAAGCGGCGCCACACCGUGGGCGGCACCAAGGACUUCGACAAGGACGGCUGGUCCGCCCGGCACACGCGCACGUCGUCCCCGGACCUGUCGUCGGACCUGGCGUCGGACCUGGCGGCGGACCUGACGAGCGUGUGGCCGUCCCCGCUGGUGCCGCCGCCGCGCCCGCCGCUGGAGUCGCACGUGUGACGUCACACGCGCUCUGCCUAGGCGCGCGCCGCCGGCAGACUGGCCGAGGACUCUGCGGAUACAUUGAGUCGCGGACUCGCAGUGCCCGCGACCCGACCUAGGAACGACUAUGAAAAGUACACGUCUUUAGUUUAUGACCUUCCCGGUGCCUAGCUGUUCGAGUGGUGCUGACUUGAUAUAGUUUUCUUUUGUGCUGACGCAGAACGAACCUUCUUAUGAAUUAGUUUGAAUUAUAUACCAGAACGAACAUAGUAUUCUACUAUUCUAAAUCGUCUAACAGAAGUCUGAUUUACAUUUAUCCAUUACCACGUCGAUACUAACAGUUCGAAACUUCAUUUCGAGAGAGGCUAUUAUUUGAUUCGAUUCAAUUGACUGAAUAGAUUAGGUCACAAAUAUCUAUCUAUAUUGUAUAAUAUUACGAAUGAUUAUAAUACUCAGAUUCGUUUACUUCAUUAUAGCAUGUUGACAAUUAUAAAUUCCAUGCGUAUUACAAGAUGAAAAUAAUUUUAUUAUCUCUAACUGAGACGUAGGUUAUAGUUAUAAUAUUAUAUCUAUAAAUAAAUAAAAGUGAUUCAAAUGAAAAUUAUGAAUUCAGUAGUGCAAUACAUUUUAAAAUCGCGGACUAGACGGAAACAAUCGGUAAAACAUGAAUUAAAUCUAUUAGUGCAAGUCAUAACGAACUUAGCUCACUAAAUAAUGCCAAAGAAUGAUAUGAAACUGACAUAGUAACAGAACGCAUGCGCGGAGCGUAUCAGAGUGAAGGAGCGAAUCGGUGAACGGAAUGCAAGGAUUAAGAUGGUGUCGACACUUCGACACGCAGACUGUAAGAUCACGGAAACAAUGUCGCACUAAACUUAUAUUAUGAAAUAUUGGUACCGAGUGAGUACCGCGGCCGAGAGCCUUCCACAAAUCUACAUUAUUUGUUUGUAGUGUAACUCCCUUUGUAGAUUCAAACUACUAUUUACGGAGUUACUGUGGAACUGUGACGUUAAUGAGUGCAAAACUAAAUGCAUAAUACAUUAAAUUAGUGCUACUAGUAUGUAGAUAGAGCUGACAGAAAGUUUACUAGCUAUGGUGCCUGCGGGCUUAGUAUUUAACUUGUACGAUAAGUGACGGCAUGUACCCGGCGGUGCGUGACAUUCUGACCGCACUACUACAACACCACUUAGAUGUAAGGCGUAUACAUAAGGAUAUAUCGUAGGUUCUGGACUUUCGUAAUAGUGUUUAUUGAAUGAAUUAUUAAAAGAAGCAUACAUCACCUACUUGCCUUUGCAAUAGUUUUAGCUGAUUCGAAUUUUAUGCACAAUUCACAAUUGUAAUGUUAUAGAUAACUCUUCUAUGAAUUAAAGUUACCUUGUGUCACCUUUUGACAACAAAAUGUGUGAGUACGAAGAUGAUUAAUUAGAUUAUAUUGUCAGAAUUUUGUAGAUUGUAAACGCUUUUAUUUCAAUUACAAAAUAUGAUCGAGGUGUUUAAAUUGUAAAUAAUGAAUGCAAUACCUAAUUAUGUAUAAUGUUAAAGAUAUUCAUUAUAACGGUAACAAUAGUGACAUUAUGUACGUGUGUGCCACAUCGGCCGAGUAACUGCGCGACUAACAGACGUAAACACUACAUUACAGUGAUAAUAAUAAAAGUGAUCCCUCUUAGCUUUGUAAAAAUUGUACAUUUCUUUUAUCAUUAAUUUAUAUUAAAUUUGUUAUCGUAGCUUUGUUGAAUGCAAUUAUUUUUUAUUGUUUUGUUUAUCAAAGAAGUAUUUUAGGCUAAAUUCAAUUGUUAUUUAUUUGUGAGAGAUGUAAAACGUGAUUCGGCACAAUUUCAUUUUGGAAUAAAAAAUCUUGUAAAUAUUUUCGUCGGCAAAAUAAUGUUUUAGACUUUCGUUCUUUAACUUUUAAAAUUUUAUACCAUCUUUUACGUUAAGACGAUCUCAAGUUUGUUGAAUGUUUGCAAAGCGUUCCUUUUAAAGUUUUAUUUGUAAAUAUAUCAUUUAAUGUAGGAACAGUGAAUUUACUAAUUUUACUGGAUCAUAUUGUAUGUAGACGGUAGGUGGCAGUAGUGAGCCGCUCGUUUCACGAUAAAAGACAUGUUUCAGCCGGGCCGGCUCGCCAGUGUCUGCUUGCAAAAGAUUUGUAUUCAAAUAAUCUAUUCAUGUUCUUCGUGUAAUCAGCUAUGGAAUUCAAAUAAACACCUUUAAAGACAUUUGCAAAUAUGGAUGAAUCCACAUUUUCAAUAUUUGUCAUUGUGUAUAUUUUGGAGCAAUGAAAAUAAAAUAUUGAAUCAAU